CAUUCCAGAAAUUAAAAUAGCUUAAAAGAAAUGAAAAGUUCAUAUAACUUUGUGGCAGUCAAAUAGGAACACCCAUCUGGGAUGAUCAGAACAUGUAGAAGGAAUAUGGAUCUGGACUGAUCUUCCUCAAACAGAACUGUCUUGAUAAAUGAACUGCAUACAUCAGGAUUUUGGGGGAAAAAACACGUUGAAAACAUCAAAAUCUUGUUUAUUAUUUUUUAAUAUUUUAUUCAAUUUUAAUAAAUUGUCCAGUUGGUGGAUAUUUUUUCCUUGGAAAAAAUGGACUUCUUUCCUAAAGGUUUUGCUUGUAUUCAUUACUGCUAGAAAUUUUUGAGCAAAGUUUUGGGCCAACUGUAUCGUUCAGCAGUCCAGAAGGGACUCCCAGACUUUUCAUACUGUGACUCAGUUAACUCUGUUUAUACAGCCAACUCCAUUCAUUCACUGAACUCAAUCACACCCUUUGAGGUGGCUGAAACAUUUUAACAGCUUGUCAGGUUACGCUGUCAGAUUCAUUAAACCUGAACAUUUACAAUUCUUUGGCAUUUUCAAUGUGUAUAUGCAUAGAGACAUGUACACACAACAGCUGGAAAAAGAGGUGGAGACAUCUGGUCAUUCAGAAGGCAUGCAGCAGUAUCCUAGCUGGCGGCCAGUGGAUUCUUAAACUAUUUCCAUCAUGUUGAUUCACUGGAGAAAUGAGCUUCCUGGUUCAGACAUGCCAAAUUAUCAACAGGCUCUUUUGUUCUCUAUGCUCACCUCGGUUUCUCUGGAGUGGCAAGUGCUCAAGGACCAGAAGGAAUCUGCUGUUGGGCACUGCUUUUGUGAUAUAUUUGGGCUUCCUUGUCAGUCAAGUAGGUCGUGUUGUACCACAAUAUAGGAAAGGAUUAUCAAAAGCAAACUCUUGGAAUCUUCAAGAUGUUGCUCAACCUCGUUUUUCUGAAAUCCCGAUGGAUGGCACCUGGUCAUUUUCUGACCUUGAAAAAUCUAAAAUGGGGACAGAUAACACAUCAAUGUUGCCUAAUGUGGUAUACAUCACUUUGCGAUCCAAGAGAAGGAAACCUGCCAAAAUUCGAGGCACUGUGAGGCCCAAGCAAAGAAAGAAGCAAGUAUUACCUUUGCAGUAUGGGAAUAAGAACUCACUAGAUGGCAUAAUCCAACCUAAGCCAUUUUAUGGUACAUCUAUGAACAAGAGGAAAGGAGCAGCAGUUCCAGAGAAAGCUAGGCAGAAACAACAGCAGAAAGAAAAACAAAUGGCUCAAAAUAUAAAGCAUUGGAGACCUGAAAUGAUAAGAGGCCUAAAUGUUCAGACUAAUGUUCAGGAGAGCAAUAUCAGGAUGUACAGCGAGAGUCCACCUUCUUGGUUGAGUAAAGAGGACAUCCUAAGUAUGCGUUUUAUGGCAGAUUCCAAAAUAAACAGUAUUCAAGAAGUGCCUUCCCAACAUGGAGUACUUCUAGUAUUUGGGAGAACAGAACUUGAUAAUAAGUCAGUCAAAGAAGACCUAUGCAGUCAAGGUCAUUGUGGCAUCAUCAAGAGACCACUUGAAAUGAGUGAAGUGUUCGCUUUCCAUUUGGACAGGAUCCUAAGGCUGAAUCGGACUUUGCCUACCAUAAGCAGAAAAUUGGAAUUUGUACAAGAUGAUGGACCACGCCCUGUCAUUCUUUGGGAUCCCUCCUUGGCUCCGACAGACAACGAGACUCAUUCUUCACUGAGACUCACCUGGGGAGCCUACAAGAAGCAACUGAAGGAAAAGUGCUGGCAAAACGGCAAAGUACCCAAAACAGAAUGGGGAUGUACCGAUAUCCAUUACCAUGAAUGGUCCAAGAUGGCACUUCUUGAUUUUCUUUUACAGAUCUAUCAUCGCUUGGAUAAGAACUGUUGUGGAUUCAAACCACGUAAAGAGGAUUCCUGUGUUCAGAAAGGGCUAAAUCGGCAAUGCGAUGACCAAGACAACAUAGCCUUGACUCAUAUUAUUCAGAGAAAGGAUGACCCAAGGCAUUUGGUUUUUAUACAUAAUAAAGGUUUCUUUGACAGAGGUGAAGAUAAUCUGGAUUUCAAAAUAUUGCAAGGCAUUAACGAGUUUCCCGAAUCUGCUAUUUCUGUGUUGAAAAGUCAUCAUUUGCGGGAAAAACUUCUUCAGUCAUUAUUCCUGGACAGAGUUUUUUGGAAUAGCCAAGGAGGGCGUCAAGGCAUUGAAAAGUUGAUUGAUGUUGUAGAGCAGAGAGCCAAAAUACUUCUCACCUACAUUAAUGCUCAUGGAGCAAAAAUAUACCCAAUGAAUGAAUGAGUCCGAAAUCAUUAAAGACAGACACACACUUAUGAAAAAGGUCUUAAUGUAUUUAUGUUGUAAUUCUAUAUACUUGGCUGAAUACAAAUUCAAUGAAGUUUAUGAUCUUAUUUGUACAUUGAUUCUGACAAACAUCAAACAUAUGGGAAUUAAUUUUCAGAUUUCACA